AUGGCGCUGGAAGUUCAGCCGCCCGACGGUCGCAGACGUGUCAAGGUCUAUGAACUGAGGGACAAUGAUUGGUUUGACCGAGGAACCGGCUUCUGUACCGGUCAGAUAUUGGGAGAGGAGUCCCGUAUAUUUGUCGAAUCGGAAGACCAACCCAAUCGCGUAUUACUCGAAACAAAGAUCAACAAGGAUGAUAGCUACCAGAAACAGCAAGACACGUUGAUCGUAUGGACCGAGUCAAAUGGGACGGACAUGGCGCUCAGUUUCCAGGAGGCAGAAGGAUGUGCUGUUAUAUGGGACUUCAUGCAUGCCGUCCAAACGCAUCUCCUGAGUCUGACUAUGGCGGGUAAGCUUGUCGCUCGUUCGGGUACCCGCAGUCCUAACCAUUUUCAAGAUGACGCCUUGUCCGACGACCUCGACAGUUACCAGUCAAUCGUAUUACCGUCCCCCGACCUCGGCCACCUCACAGAAAUCGAGCAGAUCACACGAGCCGCGAGCAUGACGCAAGGCGGGCGAGAUGCGCUAUCGAAGUUCAUCAUCCGCGACGAAUACAUCGUCAAAUUGGUACCGCUGCUGUCCGUGGCAGAAGAUCUGGAGAGCUUGGUGGACUUGCAUCGCCUGUGCAACAUCAUGAAGUCUCUCAUCUUGUUGAACGACAACACCAUAAUUGAGACUGUGGUCUCGGAUCAUGUUAUAUUGGGCGUGGUUGGGGCUCUAGAAUAUGAUCCGGAGUUCCCCACGCAUAAAGCGAACCAUCGACAGUACCUUGCAGACAAAUCCCGAUACAAAGAGGUCGUGCCCAUCAAGGACCCGCUCAUCCGCCGCAAGAUCCGGAGCACAUGGAGGCUGCAAUAUUUGAAGGAUGUGGUACUGGCUCGGAUCCUGGACGAUCCGACAUUUUCGGUGCUCAAUUCGUUGAUUUUCUUCAACCAAAUGGAGAUUGUGAACCAUAUUCAAGGGAAUGUGCAGUUUCUGCGGGAGUUGUUCAGUGUCUUCGACCCAAGGAAUCCUGAUCAAAGACGCAAGGAUGAUGCUGUGCAGUUCCUCCACCAGUGUGCUGGCAUCGCGAAGAACUUGCAGGCUCCAUCGCGGGCGCAACUAUUCGCGAACUUUAUCGGCCACGGCUUGUUCCAAGUGAUCGCCUUCGCCGUCAAGCACCUCAAUCCAUCAAUGCGCACAACCGGUAUUGAUAUCUUGAUGGCUUUAUUAGACCACGACCCCAUCAUGAUGCGAGGAUAUAUGCUCAAGGCCGUCAAUGAGAAAAAGACACCUCUUACAGACACCUUGAUUGACCUUCUUCACGUGGAGACCGACCUCGGCGUUAAAAACCAACUCGCUGAUGCCAUUAAGAUUCUUCUCGAUCCUCAGAUUCCUCUGCAGGACCCGCUUGGUCGGGCUGGACCCGAUUACUUCAAAGUUCGCUCCAACAACCUUCUCUCCGAUGCAUUUGUCCAGCAACAUUUCGAUGAGUCCUCGAAACGGCUUUUCCAACCCCUCAAACAGCUCGCGAACCGCGAAGCCCUUAAUGAUCUGACAUUCCAAGAGGUCACCCUCUACUCCCACCUUGUUGAUAUCCUCACUUUCUUUGUCCGCCAGCACCUAUUCCGCACUCGUAUUUCCAUUCAGAGCGAAUCUCUUGCGCCUCGUGUCGCCCAACUCUUACAGGUCCCUCAGAAACACCUGAAACUAGUCGCUCUCAAAUUUUUCCGCACCUUGAUGAGCCUCCAAGAUACCUUCUAUCAAGCGCUUAUGACACACAACAACACAUUUGGGUUGAUCAUAGACAUUGUCUAUGAUACAAUGCCUCGCGACAACCUGUUGAACUCGGCCUGUCUAGAACUUUUCGAGUUCAUUAGGCGGGAAAACAUCAAACCUUUCAUCCUUCACAUCGUCGAGAAAUAUCGCGAGAAAAUCGAGAAAAUCACCUAUGUUGAUACCUUCCAGAUUCUGACCAUGCGAUAUGACCAAAUGCAAGGUUACGGGGCUGAGGCUGACUCCACAUUGUUCGGCCAAGAAGAAGGCAAUGCAAUGCGCAGAAUCCCUGUCAAUGGUGAGCGUUGGCAGGGCGCCAGAGAAAUGGAUGCCACCGAAGAGGAGUACUUUAAUACCUCCGAUGACGAGGAUGAAUGGUCCCAAGACCGCGAAGCUGUUGCGGUUGAACCCCCUAACGGAUCCAGCCCUGCGACAAAAUCCUUGGUUGAUUACCCCGACGACGACGACGAUGAGGAAGAUCCCAUGGACACCAACCCCGAAGGCGCACAGCCAGACUCAACGGCCGACCCAGAAGCCCCUUCACCAACCCAGACACCGCCGUUCGAACGACUUGCUGAAAAGCGCCGCCGCGAGGAGGAGGACGAAGACGAGCUGGUCAAACUUGCAGCAGGCCCGAAGAGACGAAGUUCAACGAGCAGCAAUUCUGGCGCUGGCAGCGUAUUGCGGAAAAGAAGCCUUUCAGGCUCCUCGACGGACAAGAACACCGCUAUCGGCGUGGCAAGUGCAGCGCCCAAGAGGAUUGCUAUCAAUAUCGGCGCAACGAAGUCAAAACCGGAUUCUGCAGUCGUGGAAAAUAGCGAGAAGGAAAACCGCGAUGAAAAGGACGACAAAGAAGGAUAA